AUGCCAGCGGUUAUCGCUGCGCGUAUUCACGUGUACCGACUUCCUCCAUACGUGGCCCCACUCGGCGGCGAAGACGAGGUCAAGAUAUGUGCGCGCGGCGCCGCACGAGGCGAUAAUGACUACUGGCUUGAUUGGCCCUCUGUCGGUGACUUCAUCAAGUUCUUUGGCGACGGCGAGCUGUCAGUGACGGCGAAGCAGCAUAAGGAUCGGCUUCGCAACGCGAUUGAGGCUGUUGUGCGCAUGCCGGACGUGGCGUCGCACCAGACGUCGUCGACCGGCAAGGGCGGACUACAGCUAGUUUCUCGUGCCUUAGCGAUCAAGCUAUUUCGAGGGUGGGGCGUCCCUGAUGCUGUGUGGCAGCCCUUCAUCUCACACUGCGCGACGGAUCACGCCAUGGACGUUGAUGAUGGGCCUGCCGCGGACGAGGUUAUGGGCAAGCCGCUUUAUCAUAUUAAAACAAUAACUCGCCGGCAAAAAAGGCCGAAGCCGGCCACGCCCAUCUCUUCGCCGUUGAUGCUGAAGUCUCCCGAUGCUAAACGGCUGCAUCGACGCUCACCUAUUAAAGGUAGGAACGUGACCGCCGCUCCAGUCGUGACGGUGGCGAAGGACGCGGGUCUACGGCUGCUGACGGAUGCCGGCAAGACUUUGGAAGAGUCCUCAAGUGCUGCACGGAGGCCUGUCUAUCUGGACGACGACGUCGUCGACGUCGCGAAGCGGGUCGCGUCGUCGACCAAAGUUGCUCGCCAUGCGGCGUCUCGUGCACUUGUAGAUGAGCCAGAAUUGGGUCGAGGGCUUGUCUCAAUGGUCGCACAAGCUGCACGACGCCCUGAGCUGCCGGUGCUGCUUCGGCGGGUCGUGAAGCCCUUCGGACGCUUUGAGCCGCCCCAAAAGCUCGCGCGACCGACGGCGGAUCUCUCUCGGUGGACUCGUCGGCGACAUGUGUGUGCCAGACGCGAGACUGCGCUUGAUGCGGGCGCUGUGUGGUUGGCGCUUCAGGGUUUGAAACCGAUUGGAGAGCGCGGCGAGCUUCCCGACCUUCGCGGCGACGCGCAGCCCGCCUUUCGCCGCCACGACGAGGAGCGAGCGGUCGACGCCCUCAAGGACUUCCUCACGGAGAACUGUUUGUGGCCGACGCUGGCCGUCAUCUGCGAGCAGACGCAUGCUGGGCGACAAUUCGUGGCCCACCUCGCUCUGCGGCGGCUCUCUACGAGGAAACAAGGUCUGUGCGAGGCCUUUGACCUGUGGCGGCGCGUCGGAGGCCUUAGCCAAAGGGCCUACGACGAUCUGGCCGCGCGCACCGACCGCGCGCUGGCUGAUAUUGCCGGGGCGUCCGAGGACACGCGCGUCGUCCCGCGGCGCGCCGAGACUCGUGCUGCGGCGACCGUCGAACCUCUGCGCUUUGCGACUGAGAUGCAGACGGAGGGCGCCUACGAGGUUUUUGUUGAUGCGCGGCGCCACGCGUGCUCGGCGCGCCGCGACGUGCGCGUGCUGCUCGAAAAAGAGGUGAAUGGUGCAGCGCGGGCGCCGUUGUACGAUCAGCUUUUGCGUGGUAUGUACCCGGCGGGUCGCGGUCCCGACGAGGUGGUUCUUCCGCUGUGCUUGUCGUGGGAUGCAGCGCAGCUACUUCGCGACUGGCGGCGGGCGCGCGAACACAAGUCCACGGCCUGGCUCCUGCAGUGCUUGCUCAAGGGUGCACUCGCUGUCGCAUCCAGUGUCGACCACCGCAGUUUUCGAUGACGUUUCAUUCACGUAGGACCGCACGCGUCACUGCCUUCUGCUGGGUUUAGCGCUCGACGACGACGGGCGCGACGCUCUGAAAGCGCACGGCGAGGCGUCGAGCCGGGCGCUCGCGUCGAUCUGGGACACGGUGCACGACUUGACUGCGAGGGAGCACGGCGGCGGCGGCGGCAUCUCCGUCAAGCUCAAGCGCGCCGACGGCGUCUACGCGCCUGAGGCCCGCGCGGCGAUCUACGCCUUGGCCCUCGAUUUGCGGGCCGUGUGCGAGGGUUUUAACGGGAUGGGCUUCGCGAGCCCCGCCGAUAACCCGUAUACGGCGACGAAGCGCGACGUCGCUCUGCGGCUCGAUCGCGGGCGCGGGCUCGUCCGCUACACGCCCGUCGACUUUUCGUACGAGGAGAUCAAGAAGGAACACGAGGAGGGCGGCGCCGCGGCGGUCUUGCUGCGUUUUCAAAAGCGAGGUCUACCUCUGGUUCGCUCGGACCCGACGCGCGUCACGCACGGACCUCUCCACGUGGGCGGCACGGGCACGGCGGGCGUUGUGAAGGCCAUCGGCCACCUCUGCAUCAAGCUCGGCGCGCCAGUCCACGCGGCCUUCGUAAAUCACGUCGCGUCGCGCCUCGGCCGGCGCUUCGAGCAGAACGUGCACGAGACCAAGACCACGCACCCCGUCACGAAGACGGGCGACUUCGCGCGGCUCGGGUCGCUCGAGGCGCACGCGUUAAUCGGCUUCAAGCCGCCGGGCGUCCAGUCUGGUGGUUUUGUGACGAGGGUCAUCGACCUGCUGGUCUUGUCGUGGCAGCGCGCGACGAUGGCGCGCACGACGAGGGAGGGCUACCGGGCGUUCAAGCGCGAGAUGCAGCUCAACUACUGGUUCGCUGCGUCGUUGCUUGCGGUCUGCUUCGGUAAAAAGGAGUGCCGCGUCACGGCGCGCGUCGCGGCCAACAACGCGGGCGCGCUGCAUGGCACUUGCCAGAGACUGUCGCAGCUCCUGCGCGUCGAGAUCACGCCGUGCGACCUGUCGGACCUGCCGGUCGAAGAUUUCCACCGGCACGUGACGAAAUUCUAUAACCAUGGAUGCCGCGGCGGGAGCGUCGACAAGCACUUCCUGGACCGCGAAGUCGCCAAAAUAGAGUACCUGCUCCGAGAGAUCGACGCGUCCUGGCACUUAUAUACCGACGAGUCGCGCCGGACCGCGCCGCUUGCGCUCCUGGCCCACGAGAAGAAGAGACGCGACCGCGAGGACGCGGACCUCGCGCGGCUGCGCGCCCGACGCGAGGGGCCCUUCAUCACUUGUCCACAGCUCGGGAACCACUGGGCGAGGACGUCGCGGGCGCGCCCCGUCCCAGCGCCAGCGCCAGCGCCGGCGCCUGCGCAGGACGACGCGGACGACGACGCGCCAGCGGAGCAGGACGAGGACGCGGCGGCCAGUGAGGACGACGUCGGCGCAGAGGAGGACGCCGAGGACGAUGCGACGGAGAAGUUUCGCCGGACUUUCAAGAAAGUUGAGGUCGCGCUCUUGGCCGCGGACUAUCGCCGCGGCGACAGAAGGGUGCGCGCGAGGCCGUUUUUGCUUGAAGAUGCGGGCUACGCGGCGCGCCUCGAGGUCCAGAAGGACAGGAUCCGCGUCUUUUUUGAUAAAGAGGACACGGAGAAGACGGAGCCGGGCGCGCGGACCUUCAUCGACGUGAGACCAGGCUCCAUCUACGCGUGGUCCUGGAAGUCGGGCGCGCGCACGACCGAGCUCACGCUUUACCUCGUCGAGAAGCCGCGGUUCGGCGCCUUCUACGCUGGUUGUGGCCGCGGCGGCGCUGGCGGCGUUCGACUCGCGCACACCGACGCAGGCGAGCAGGACCAGGGGCCUCUCGCGAACUUUGUCUCGCCGUUCCUUGUCCUGCAGGCGUCUCGCGGCCCGCCCGACAAGCUCCGCAAGGCCUUCGAGGAAGGGAUAGUGCUCUGCUCCACGUUCCUGCAAGGGCGCCGCGACAAGUCGAUUCCUUCGGAUGCAGAGGGCUGGGACGCGUCGCAUCGCGCCGAGUUGAUGUCCGAGCUCGCCAAGGACAUCCCGCUCGCAGAUUCUGCGCAGUGGGAUAGGCUCCGCGGCGAAGUCGAUGCGCUCGUCGCGACGUAUCGCGACCACCGCGACUUCGUUUAUUCGUCCGGCACGGAGGGCCGACCGCUCAAGCGCGUCUGCGACUGCUGCAAGAGAUACGUCUACCUGUCCACGUCCGAUCGAUACACUCUCUGGAGUGGCGAAGUCCACGAAACCUGCAUCCGACCGAAGCCUGGCGAGGCGGAAGCAGCUGUUGCGGGAUGAGCUCGCUGCUCGAGGGUCCUAGACUUUCGUUGUUGUUUUUGAGUAAAGUUUGUACCACAUAA